AUGUUCCAGUACUUACUACUUGAAUCUAUUCCAGCUCUACGUGAGACUUUCUCCCGCUACUCUGCUGCAGACAAUGUACAAUACAAACUCACAACAGACUCCAACCUUGUAGGUAAGCGCAUUGCAUGGGAGCGUAUUGAAGUCGGUCCACUGCUAUCCCGUGGAGCUUUUGGAGAAGUGUGGGCAUGUCGCUAUGCUGGUAAGAAGGUGGCGGUCAAGCGAUUGCUACAGACUAAGAAGCUUACAUUUCAAGAAACAGCGAAGUUCAUCAACGAGAUUCAAUUGACUGCAAGUUUAAAGCAUCCUCAUAUCGUUCGGUUUAUAGGAGUGGCGUGGAGCAGUUUAGAAAACUUGGCCAUGGUUGAAGAAUUUUUACCUCGCGGAGAUUUACAACAAUUUUUAAAGCGAAGUGGAGACUUGAUGACGUGGGCACGGGACAAGGUUGACAUGGCGAUUGGCAUUGCUAAAGCCAUUGAUUAUCUCCACAGUCGUCAAGUCAUCCAUCGUGAUCUGAAAGCCCGAAAUAUUCUGUUAACUAAGAGAUUGCAGCCGAAACUUAUUGAUUUUGGAACGAGUCGAGUCUGGAAGCUCAAUGAUAUGACAGCUGGUAUUGGAACUCCCUUCUGGACAGCACCAGAAUACUUUUACCAUGUUGAGUCGCGGUAG